AUGGCAAUAGAAGUGGAUAAAGAAAAACCAAAAAAAAAGGCUAGAACUCUCCACUCUACCAAGUGGGUGGCGCACCGGUGGUGGUUGGGCGGAGCUCCGGUGGCUGGGCGGCAGCCCGGUGGCGGAGUGGUGGCCGGUCGGAAAAAAGGGUCGGGGAGCCGGAGUGGCGGGGGCCAGGACGGAGGCCGCAAGCUGAGCGGCGAGUUGGGGCCGCAGGCAGGCGGCGGUGGAAGGCGACGGGCGCAGGGAGUAGUGGCGGCUAGGGAGGCGGUGCUGUCGGGAAGCGGCGACCGGGGAAGCCAGUGGCUGAGCGCGACAGCGGGCGGAGGGGCAGCCGGGAAGCGACAGCCGCAAGGAGGAGCCGGUGGGGGCCGGGAGCCGGCAGGAGGCCAGGAAGAACCUACUGUGGGGGCCGGAAAGGGCAGCCGGUGGGGGUUGGAGGGGCCGCCGGUGGGGGCCGCAGAGGCCGGACUGUGGCAUGAAGAGUUGCAUGCCAACAUGGAGAGUUCUGAUUCUUUGGAAAGGCAAAAAGGUGAAAAGGAAUAUUUAGAACUUCUAAAUUUAGAGUUUCGAGGUUUUUCAUAA